AUGGUCUAUGCGCGCCUUUGGCAGAAUGGCAAAACUGUCAUGAAGCAAUUUGGUGGAGUAGGCAGCCCAGUCAACUCACAAUGGAAAAACUUGGCGGAUGGCAUGGUCUUGGUCGUGGACUACUGGCAGAGCCAAAAUCUGAACUGGUUGGAUGGAGUUGGCUGCGGAUACGGCAAGGAGUACUGUGCCGUGUCCUACACAGGGGAAAUGACGAGAUAG